AUGGCUGAGCGAUUUCAACCAUAUCAUCUCCCGCAGCAAAGCAGAAGAGAUAAGCUGAGAGUUACAGCUCAAACCCCACCUGGAUGCGUAGAAAACGUUCAAGAAAGUGCAAAUUUAGUCCAUCUCUAUGAUCCAUCUCUAAUGUCCUCAGAUUUAAUUAACUGUGCUAACUUACACCAUCAACGCCUCAAUCUUGGCACUGCACCCUGCAAGCAGAAUUCAAACAUAGGCACGGUUUCUGGUUGCGGUGGUGUUAAAGAAAAGGGCAUGAAUUUGAUGGGUUUUAUGGGGGGAGAAAAUACGAUUCCUACUGCUGCUUCAUCUUCUUCUUCAGCUGCAAAUCAUUUGUAUUUGGAUCCACGAUCAUCUGUACAGUUAAGCCCUAGUACUGUUGAAGAUAUUAAUGGCAGCCCAUAUAUUUACACACCCCAAUGUCUCAGAGUUCUUGAUCAGUCAUUUCAUGGUUCAUCCGGUCCCGAUCACUCUGCAUUACGACAUAGCAUUGGCUAUCUCUCUGGCGAACGUCUGCAGGCAAAGGGAGCUCCGGCGACUGCCCCACAUCUUCGCCAAGGUGCUGUAUAG